ACAACUAAGCACACUUUCCUAAAACAGUUUAGCUUAAGUAUUUCUAGUGUUCACGCUUCCUGACACUGAUAUUAGCUGUCACAGUAUUUGUCUGCCUCCGGGUUUGCACCAUUAGUAGUGGCUCAUUAGAGCCCAGCUGCCCCAGAGCUCAGGAAGUUCCCAUUUGAUCCACGAAUCAUCAUAACAGACUCAAGCAGACGACAUGAACCAAGACGACCUUCUGGUGAAACUGAAGAAGGAUGUUCGCUCCUUACUCACUUCAUCUAAGCUGGGAUUGGACCCUGAGCAGCUGAGACGAGACUAUGUCAGCAUGUUGGGACAUCCGAUGCCCCUGAGACCCUUGGGCUUCAGGAAUGUUAUGGAUAUGGUUCAGGAGAUGCCAGAUGUUGUUUCUGUUAACUACAGCCAAGAUGGCAGUAUAUGUUUAAAGGCUGUGUGCGACGAGAACACCCAGAACAUUGUGGAGCUUGUGUCCAGGCAACGGAUAUCUAAGUCUGAGAAGGCCAGGAAAUUUUCUUCUGCUCGUUACCAUCAUCAGACUCUGGCUGCGGCGCUCCCGAGAAGAGGUCGCCCUCCUCCAGGCAUCCCUGCCAACCUCAGGGCUCAGCUGCGCUUCCUGCUCUCUCAGGGUCCACUUAGGCUGUCGGAGCUAGAGGUCAGUUAUUUGCGCUUCUAUGGCUACCCGCUCCGCGUGCACAACUAUGGUUUCUACUCCACCGGAGAGAUGCUAGAGGCUGCGAAAGAUAUGAUCGUAAUCCAGCAGGGGAGGCUGGGCUCGGUUCUGAUGCUGAGGGAAGAGAUGAGACCCAGGCCCGUCACACCAAGGAGAACCGGGCCAAUAAAGCCAUCCAACGCUCCUCGCGGACCAUCUUUCCAAAACUCUACCGUCAAAGUUCCUGUGCUGACAGAACGUCCAGACAUUUUAGCAAAGCAGGGUCCUCUGAAGCCACCUGAGAGUACUUUGUACCCUGGCAACAAUGUGUCGCAUGUCAGCCACAAACUGGAGGAGGGGGCGAAGAGCCACGACCCUAAACAAGCGUCCUGUCAAGACGGGGGGCACUUUCAUCAAACCGUACUCAAGCUUGAGCGGGAUCUUCAGCGUGAGAUCUUGGAGAACAGUAUUGCUGGCACCGUUAGUCAGGAGCUGAAGGACAAGCUACGAAAGGUUGUUGGUGAGACGAGGGGUGGAUUAUCAGUUCAUGAUCUCCCUGCUGAGUACAAGAGGCUUUUCGGAGAAGACCUGCCAUUUUUACAGAGCGGCUUUCACAGUGUAACUGAACUUGUUGGUGCCCUGAGUGACAUCUUCCUCCUAAAACCAGCAGAGGACAAGCGUGGACACAGUUGGGUCAUAGUGGACCUGAAGGAUCAUGAAAACGCACAACCAGGCUCAGCAGAUAUUGAUGGCAGUACUGACUGUGAUGAGAUGCCACCUAAGAGCUACUACUUCAGCUUCAAAGAAUCAGCAUGGGAAGAGAAAUGCGAGAGUGUCAAAUCGGAUGAGGACAAUGAUGACUUGAAGUCCAGCAAACUAUCCACUAUUGAAGAAAUGAUUCCCGAGAUUUAUCCCGCUGUGCAGGCGCAUCUCCAAUCCCCUGUGCCCCUGGACGCCAUGCAAAAUCAGCGACUCAAACCCCCGACCCGCCGCCGGGCCCGAGAGCUGAUAGAAGUCAAGGUGGAACAGGUGGAGUCACCGGGAUCUUUCUACAUCCGAUGCAGUGAGACGGAGGAGGCGCACGCUUUGGAGAGCUUAAUGUUUGACAUGAGACGAUGUUACGCCUGUCCUGAGGUGUCAGAGCAGUACAAGCUCCUUGAACCGUUCAUCAGGCAGGGUCAGGUCUGCUGCGUGUCCCCCAGUGGAAUAUGGUUCUACCGAGUGGUGAUCGACAGAGUUAUUAGCUCCACCCACGUUGAGGUGUUUUUCGCUGACUUCGGGGAUGUGACGUUGGUCCAGAUCGACAGCCUGAAGUUCCUUAAGUCCAGCUUUUCAGUACUUCCUGCACAAGCAAUUCCUUCAGCGCUCACUGGAAUCAAGCCAACUUCAAGUAGCUGGACUGCAGAAGCCACAGAUUCCUUCAGGAAACUGUGCUCUGAUCGCGUCUUUGUGGGCGCUCUGGACUGCUACACCGGAGAUGUGCUGCAGCUCUACCUGUGCGACACACGCACCGAUCAGGACAUCUACAUCCACACGGUCCUCAUCGACCAAGGCCAUGGCGUCGCCUGCAGACCUGCAACCGCUACAGCAUUGCGUGUCAAGGUCACGCCAGUGAGCCUUUACCUGGGAGAGGGAAUGGUGGACCUGCCAGAGAUCGACAAGGAGCUGCUGCUGUCUCUUAAAUCUGGAGACGCUAAUAAAGAUGUUGAGGAGGCCUCAGCGAAGGAUGAUGAUUAUGAUGAGAUGCCUUCUCUGGAAAUGAUAACGGAGGAUGAAUUCAUCGCUCAAAUUCAGGCACUGGACAUCCCUUCUCCACCAACUCCACCUAGCUCUGACUCCAGCUGUGCACAACAGGAGGUAAAUCCACCUCCAAAAGUCACAACCUGCUCGCCUGCUGCACCGCCGUUACUCCUAAAAAUGCAAAAGCAGGACUCCUCUAAAGGUGCUCUGCUGUCUCCCCUCUUCCUACAAAACUCCAGCAUCCAGUUUCCUCUGUUUGGGGCCAGGUUGGCUGGGACUUCUACAUCCAAACAACUUGUACACUAACUGGACAAAAAGGGCGACCAAGAUGAGGUUUAUCGGAUUAUUGCAUCACAGAGGACUUGAGUUAUGUCCUGGUUAAGAACAUUUUUAUAAGUAGUUGAUUUUUAUGUUCAUUAAAACUGUUAAAUUGUCUUUGUAUUGCCUUCUGUUUCAAACAGUUAAACAAUACUUAAUAUAUUUGUUUGUCUUUUCAUGAAUGGAAACAGCCUUACAAAGGCUUCUUGUUUUAAAAAAGACGAUGCUUUGAUUUUUCUCAAAAGCUUUCAUUGGUUUCAUUUCAUUGUAAAUAUUAAUGUUGCUGUUUAGGACAAAGUUAAAACCGUUCAAACACACAAUUUGGAAUUUGUUUUGGAAAAUAAAUUUCAUUGGAUAAAACAUC